AUGUCCUCCCUCAUCCCCUUUGGCGAUCCCAUGAAAUCGCAAUUCCUCAUCGACCCAUCCUUCCGUAACCUCAACCACGGAUCCUACGGCACAUUCCCCAUCCCCAUCCAAACCGUUCAACGCGAAUUCCAAUCCGCCGCGGAAUCCAGACCCGACCUUUUCCUCCGUCACACGCAAUCCAAACACCUCGACACCGCGCGAGCCGCAAUCGCACAUCUCCUCAACGCAGAGGUCUCAGAAUGCGUCUUCGUCAAGAACGCCACGACUGGAGUGAGCACCAUCCUCACGAACCUGGACUUCCAACCCUCCGAAGUCCUCGUCUACUUCGAUACGGUCUACGGGGGUGUCGAGCGUGGCCUACAACAUCUCUCUGAGACGCGCGGUCUGCGAACCAAGAAAGUAGAAUAUGCGUUUCCGAUCGAUGGGGAAGGGAUCGUGGAUCGGUUCAGGGAGGUGGUGGACGCCGUGAGACAGGAGGGUAAGGAGGUGAAAGUCGCGCUGUUCGAUACCAUUGUGAGUAUGCCGGGGUUUCGGUUCCCGUUUGAACGGCUCGUCGAGGUUUGUAGGGAAUUGGGGAUUCUGAGUCUUUUGGAUGCGGCGCAUGCGGUUGGGCAGGUGGAGUUAGAUUUGGGGAAGUUGAAGCCGGACUUUUUGACGAGUAACUGUCAUAAGUAUAUUCCUCCCUUUCUAUCUCCCUUUGGAUUUACUUAUCUCACCUUAUGGCUCUACACCCCCCGCAGCUGCGCCGUUCUCUACGUCCCGCAACGAAACCAACAUCUCAUUCGCACGAUGCUGCCUCCCUCAUGGGGAUUCAUUCCGCGACAGGAUCCCUCCUCCACCACAGACCCAUCAACUACUCCCCCAGGCCAAAAGUCCGCCUUCGAAUAUCUCUUCGAAUACACCGCUACGACCGAUGACUCCGCGUACCUGUGCGUGCCCGCAGCGCUGGACUUCCGCCAGAACGUCUGUGGCGGGGAGGCGCGGAUCUACGAGUACUGUGAGUCCUUGGCAAACGAGGCCGCGGAUCUGGUUGCGGAGGCGCUGGGGACGGAGGUGUUGCAGGAACCUGGGCUGGGGGCGAAGGGUGAGGGGAGUCUGUUUCGGAAGUGUGCGAUGACGACGGUGAGGUUGCCGAUUCGGGUGACCGAGCAAGGGGCUGCAGAUGAGGAGAAGGUGACGGUUGAAGAGCAAGAUGGGAAGAUGGUGACUGUUGUGCCUAGGCCGCUGGUGGCAGCGGUGUUGGCCUGGUUUCGUGUGGAACUGUUCCGGGCGGGCACGUUUGUGCCGGUGUUUGAGUAUCGGGGAUACUUCUGGACGAGACUGAGUGCACAGGUCUAUUUGGAGAGGAGUGAUUUCGAGUGGUUGGCUGGUAUUCUGAAUGGUUUGGUCGCUAGGGUGAGGAACGAGUUCUAG